AUGCUGGAUGCUGUACCAGGAUUCCUGCCCCGGAGAGCUUGCAGUCGUGUCACUCAAGUGACAGUAGUUUCAUCUAGACUGUCACAGACAUCCUCCCCUCAGUCGGGCUGCCCGUCACCUUCCAUCCAGACGGGGAAAGUCAUCUCCUCAUCCCAGAAGCACAGCAAGAAGGCACUCAAACAGGCCUUGAAACAGCAGCAGCAAAAGCAACAGCAGCAGCAAUGCAGAGCAGGCAUGCCCGUGUCGUCUAAUCAGCAGGUCCUUCUGAAGGCCGUCAAGGCAGCCAGUGACUCCACACCGGCAAAAUCAGCUUGGGAAGGAAAGCAGUCAGAUGGACAGUCAAGCAGCCCUCAGAACUCCACCUCCAGUUCCUCUCCCUCUGUGAAGCUUGAUAACUCCUUGCCAGGGUUGGGGAAGAAACCGUUCCAGAGAUCUGACAGGCUCCAUGCAAGGCAGCUGAAGAGAACAAAAUGUGCUGAAAUCGAUGUGGAAACUCCCGACUCCAUCCUCGUGAACACAAACCUGCGGGCGCUGAUCAACAAGCAUACGUUCUCUGUCCUGCCAACAGAAUGCCAGCAGCGCCUGCUGCUGCUGCUGCCAGAGGUGGACAGGCAGGUUGGGGCGGAUGGUUUGAUGAAGCUGAGUGGCUCUGCGCUCAACAAUGAGUUCUUCACUUCUGCUGCCCAAGGCUGGAAGGAGAGGUUGUCAGAAGGUGAGUUUACACCAGAAAUGCAGCUAAGAAUACGGCAAGAAAUAGAAAAGGAAAAGAAGGUCGAGCUGUGGAAGGAACAUUUUUUUGAGAGCUACUAUGGUCAGAGUUCUGGACUAAGUCCUGAAGAGUCCAAGAGACUGACAGCAAACACCAGCCCUGCUGAGCCAGAGACUGAAAAUCCAGCAGCUGAACAGCCAAAAUGCAUGCCAGCCUCUCUGGCACCACUCAAAGAGGAGGUUACUUCUCCAUCAGAGUCUAAAGCACAAGCAGUCCUGGAAGCACCAGCGAUGGAGAAGGGAGGAGAGGAAAGAGGACAGGAUGAGCAGCCCAAACCAGCCAAACCUGCAGAGGCCUCGGCUCCCCUGGAUCGGUGCGCACUGAAACCUAGCGACCACCCUCUCCCUGUAAAAGAGAGAGUCCAAGGAGAAUCCAUUCAAGAGAAACCACAAACUGCCGCGAGUCAAAAGGCAGAAGAAGAGCGAAAGCACACCGCAUCAAAGGAAGUGCGAAUGGGAGAGACUGUCAGUACCUCAGUUUUGGCCCCGAGUAAACCAAAGAGCCCCGAAGCAGGUGAGGUAGAAGCGAAGGUGAAAAGUCCAGUGAUUACUCCAGAAACUCCAGAAAAGAAGUCCCCUGUGAACGAAGAAAUGGAAGUCAGCAUUGAAGCUCACAAGAGGAAGUCAGAGAGUCGCGAAGAAGCUGUAACCACUCCUGAAAAAAAGCCACGCAUCAUGGAGAACUGUCAGCACCACCAGGCGUUUCAGACCCAGCCACAGUCCUUUCCUGCCACGGGGACCCCGGUGCCUCGGGUGCCCCCCCUCAAGAUUCCUGUUUCCAGAAUCUCCCCGAUGCCAUUUCCCGCGGGCCAGGUCUCUCCUAGGGCACGUUUCCCAAUCUCACUUACCAGUCCGGGAAGAACAGGGGCCAGAACCCUGGCAGACAUCAAGGCCAAAGCCCA